GUAGUGGAGGUCGCGCAUGCUCGUGGUACAUCGCCAGCCAAACGCUAUGUAACCGCCAAAAGCAGCGUAAAUGACAUUCAUUUCCAGAGUUACGUGCAAUGGCAGGGUUUUAAAAGAGCGCGUUUACUGAAACGAGGAGUCACGUGUCUGGAGGAAGCGCAGACGAAAGUCGGGGGGAAACGGAAAUCCAUCCGUCCGUUUUGUCCUACAAAGGCGCCGGGAGUUUGACAGCGUCCGGGCCCUUCUCGAGCUGCUCCGAAGGACUGAAUGAAACUCUGACGGCUGUCUUCUGCAGACGGAAGCAAACAUGAGGAAAGACGUGCGGAUACUUUUAGUGGGUGAACCCAAGGUGGGCAAGACGUCACUCAUCAUGUCUCUGGUCAGUGAGGAGUUUCCCGAUGAGGUCCCUCUGCGGGCAGAAGAAAUCACCAUCCCAGCUGAUGUCACUCCAGAGAGGGUGCCCACUCACAUCGUUGACUAUUCAGAAGCUGAACAAUCAGACGAGCAGCUGUAUCAGGAAAUAUCCAAGGCAAAUGUCAUCUGCAUAGUAUAUUCAGUCAACAACAAGAAGUCUAUCGAAAAGGUGACAAGCCACUGGAUUCCCCUCAUCAAUGACAGGACAGACAAAGACAGCAGGGUGCCGUUGAUCCUUGUGGGCAACAAGUCUGACCUGGUGGAGCACAGCAGCAUGGAGACCAUUCUCCCAAUCAUGAACCAGUACCAGGACAUUGAGACUUGCGUUGAGUGUUCUGCCAAAAACCUGAAGAACAUCUCUGAGCUCUUCUACUACGCCCAGAAGGCGGUGCUCCACCCCACGGGACCCCUGUACUGCCCAGAGGAGAAGGAGCUGAAGCCGUCUUGCAUCAAGGCAUUAACUAGGAUCUUCAAAGUGUCCGACUUGGACAACGACGGAAUCCUCAACGAUAAUGAGCUCAAUUUCUUCCAGAGGACAUGCUUCAACACUCCGCUGGCACCGCAGGCCUUAGAGGAUGUUAAGAAUGUGGUACGGAGGAACAUGCUGGAUGGAGUCAAGGACAACGGACUGACCCUUAAAGGCUUCUUGUUCCUGCACACUCUCUUCAUACAGCGAGGUCGGCAUGAAACCACCUGGACCGUGCUGAGGAGGUUCGGCUACGACGACGACCUGGAGCUCACCCAAGAAUACCUGUUCCCCAUAGUUAAGAUUCCUGCCGACUGCACCACCGAGCUCAACCACAACGCCUACCUCUUCCUCCAGAGUGUCUUUGACAAGCACGAUAAAGACAGAGACUGCGCGCUCUCUCCAGAGGAAGUGCGGGACUUGUUCAAAGUCUUCCCCUACAUGCCCUGGGGCCCGGAUGUAAACAACACCGUGUGCACCAAUGAGCAGGGCUGGAUCACAUACCAGGGAUAUCUGUCCCAGUGGACGCUAACAACAUACCUGGAUGUGCAGCGGAGUUUGGAGUACCUGGGUUACCUGGGCUACUCCAUCAUCUACGAGCAGGAGUCUCAAGCUGCUGCCAUCACAGUGACGCGGAACAAGCGCAUUGACCUCCAGAAGAAGCAAACUCAGCGCAGUGUCUUCCGCUGCAACGUUUUGGGGGCUCGCAACAGCGGGAAGAGCGGCUUCCUCCAAGCGUUUCUAGGGAAGAACCUUCAGCGUCAGAGGCGGAUCAGGGAGGACCACAAGUCCCUCUAUGCCAUCAGCACCACAUAUGUUUAUGGUCAGGAGAAGUACCUGCUGCUCCACGAGGUGAUGCCGGACCUGGACUCCCUCACAGAUGUGGACCUGGCCUGCGACGUGGUCUGCCUCGUGUACGACGUCAACGAUCCACGCUCCUUUGAGUUCUGUGCCAAAGCUUUCAAGCAAUAUUUCAUAGAUAGCAAAACGCCCUGCGUGGUCAUCGCGGCCAAGUCGGACCUGCACGAAGUCCGGCAGCACUCCAGCCUCUCGCCGCACGAUUUCUGCCGGAAGCACAAGCUGCACCCGCCUCAGCCCUUCACGUGCAACACGUCAGAAGCCCCCAACAAAGACGUCUUCACCAGACUCACCACCAUGGCCAUGUACCCCCACAUCCGUCUGCGCUGCCUGUGCGCCUGCAACAGGUGCGCCUAUUGCCUGUGUCAGAACCUGCUCAAGCUGGAGCUGCUGCGCAGUGUCAAGGCCCAACUCCACAGGGCCAUGCAAAACAGGUCCAUACUCAGAGAAGGCCCUAGACUCCACUCAGUCCCUCCCUCUGUCCCCGGGCAGCGCCACCAAGAGCGAUGGAACGUUGAAUCUACUGGGGAUGAAAACAUCAGCUGUUCUCUCUGUUCCAGACACAUGGCCCAGGCAGACCUGAAGAACUCCACCUUCUGGCUCAGGGCCAGCGUCGGCGCCACCGUUUUUGCUGUUCUGGGCUUCGCCAUGUACAGAGCUCUGCUGAAGCAGCGGUGAUCUGCUCCCCGGUUCCUUCCUGAACUCUUGCCGGCCCUCCACCAAGGCUGGGCGCCGUACCACACUUGACCUCGACAAGCAGCAAACCAUUUCUAUCCAUUUAUGAGUCGGGGUCCGUCAGUGAAACACCGACUUGUUCACAAUCCAGGGUCUUUGUUUCCUUCUGGUCUGUUGGAUAACAGGUGAACCGCAAAGGUACUAGACUCUUGUAGUUGUACAUGCAGUAUACUAGUAUGAAUCCAAGAAUGACUGACUUGUGGACGCAUGACAGGUCAAAGCGAUGCCCCUCUUCCCCCCACCCCAUCUAACAUUCGAGAGGUCACGGAUGUCUGCACUUCUUUAUUUUGUGUGUUAAUUUAUUAACCUCUUGGUUUCCUGCCUGUUUGGGUGGUCAACUGCACGGAACUAAACAAAUUCUUUUUUUGUAUUUAGUCCGAAACUAUAUCUGUUGUACAAAUCUGUUUUUAUUUUUCUGGAUUUCAAAUAGAGCUUUGUUCCUCAUUAUAUUUUUACUACAUUAGAGGGGUACGGUAGUUUGAGAAAUCUUAAGAUCAACAGCAAUCCAGUGCGUCUCUGCCCGCCUCUCAAGAGUUUGCGUUCUUCCGCAGUUUAUCAUUCAAGUCUGGCACGAGAUGUAUUGAUGUUAUUGGAUGGAAUUGCCAGGUUUACCCGAACAAAGAAGAUAAAUUGGUUUUAAAUACCCGUAAUAAAUUGCAUUUACACUCUGAUCGUGUUGUCUUUUAUUGCGGAAACCCUCAUUCUUCCGCAUUGCUUGAAAUAGAUGUAC